AUGGCGGACCUCCGAAUUCUCCUCAUCGGCAAUGGUGGCCGUGAGCACGCCCUGGCAUGGAAGCUCAGCCAGUCGUCUCGAGUCCAGCAGAUCUUUGCUGUCCCCGGCAACGGAGGCACUGCCGGUUGCCCCAAGGUGACCAACGUCAACUCCGUCAAGGCUGAGGACUUUGCCGGCCUCGUCAAGUUCUCCCAGGAGAACGGAGUCAACCUGGUUGUUCCCGGCCCCGAGGCCCCUCUUGUCGAUGGUGUCGAGGGUUGGUUCCGAAACGCUGGUAUCCCCUGCUUCGGUCCCUCCAAGGAGGCUGCGCGCCUCGAGGGCAGCAAGACCUACUCCAAGGACUUUAUGAAGAAGUACAACGUCCCUACUGCCGCCUACGAGAACUUUUCCGACUACAACAAGGCCAUUGCCUACCUCGACAGCAUUAACCACGACGUCGUCAUCAAGGCCACCGGUCUUGCUGCUGGCAAGGGCGUUAUCAUCCCCCAGACCAAGGAUGAGGCCAAGGCCGCCUUGAAGCAGAUCAUGGUGGACAAGGAGUUUGGUGAUGCUGGUGAUGAGGUUGUUAUCGAGGAGCUUCUCAUCGGUGAUGAGCUCAGUGUCCUCACUUUCUGCGACGGCUAUUCCAUCCGAUCUCUUCCCCUCGCUCAGGACCACAAGCGCAUCUUUGACGGCGACCAAGGCCCCAACACUGGUGGCAUGGGCUGCUACGCUCCCACCAACAUUGCUACCAAGGAGCUCACUGAGCAGAUCGACCGUGAGAUUCUCGAGCCCACCAUCUCCGGUAUGCGACGAGAGCAGCAGCCCUUCCGCGGUGUCCUCUUCACUGGUCUCAUGAUCACCAGCAACGGACCCAAGGUUCUUGAGUACAAUGUUCGCUUUGGCGACCCUGAGACUCAGACCGUUCUCCCUCUCCUUUCUGCCGACACUGACUUGGCCGAGAUCAUGCUUGCUUGCGCCAAUGGCUACCUGGACAACUGCAAGCUGACCAUCGAUAACAAGUUCAGCGCCACUGUCGUCCUGGCAUCUGGCGGCUACCCUGGCCCCUACCCCAAGGGCAAGGUCAUGUCUGUGCAGACUCCCCCUACUGGUGCCACCAUCUUCCAUGCUGGUACCACCCUCGACGGCAACGUUCUGAAGACUUCUGGUGGCCGUGUUAUCGCCAUCAACGCUGUUGGCGACUCCCUCCGGGCUGCUGUUGAUGCUGCCUACGCUGCUCUUGACGCCAAGGUCAUCGAGUUCGAGGGUGCUUUCUACCGAAAGGACAUUGCUCACCGGGCAUUCCGCGCUACUACUCAGGCCUCCAUGACUUAUGCCCAGGCUGGUGUUGACAUCCAGGCCGGCAACGACUUUGUCGAGAAGAUCAAGAAGGCUGUUGCCAGCACCAAGCGACCUGGCGCUGAUGCUGAGAUUGGCGGCUUCGGAGGCGAGGUUGACCUGUCUAAGUGUGGCUACCCUCAGGCUCCCAUCAUUGUCGGCGCCAUUGACGGCGUCGGCACUAAGCUCAUGAUUGCCCAGGCCAUGAAGAAGCACGACACCGUCGGUGUCGACCUGGUUGCCAUGAACGUCAACGACCUUGUCGUUCAGGGUGCUACUCCUGUCAUGUUCCUCGACUACUACGGCUGCAGCAAGCUGGACCUCCCUACCGCCGCCGCCUUCGUCGAGGGUGUUGCUGACGGCUGCCGUCAAGCCGGCUGUGCUCUGGUCGGUGGCGAGACUGCCGAGAUGCCUGGUAUGUACCAGAAGGACGACUACGACGCCGCCGGCUGCGCUGUCGGUACCGUCACCCCUGACACCAAGCUGCCCAAGAAGGACGCCAUGGCCCAAGACGAUGUCCUCCUCGGUCUCGCCUCCGCGGGUGUCCACUCCAACGGCUUCUCUCUUGCCCGCCGUAUCGUCUCCCGCGCCGGCCUCAGCUACCACGACACUGCCCCCUGGGACCAGUCCACCACAGUCGGCGAGUCCCUCCUCACCCCUACCCGCAUCUACGUCAAGUCCCUUCUCCCCGUUCUCCCUCACAUCAAGGGUCUCGCCCACAUCACCGGCGGCGGUCUCGUCGAGAACGUUCCCCGCAUGCUCCCCGAGGCUCUCGCCGCCGAGAUUGAGUUCGGCUCCUGGGAGAUCAACCCCGUGUUCAAGUGGCUCCGCGAGGCCGGCAACGUUGCCCCCCUGGAGAUGUGCCGUACCUUCAACUCUGGUGUCGGCAUGGUCAUCGCCGUCGACCCCGCCAAGGCCGACGCCGUUGCCCAGGCUCUGGUCGACGGAGGUGAGAAGGUCUACCGCAUUGGUCGUCUUGCCCGCCGUGACCAGGGCGAGGCGUGCCUCAUCCACAACGUCGACUCGUGGAGUGCUGAGACGGCGGUGCCUACCAAGCGCAAGGAGAUGGAGUCAUAA